UUUAAGAACAUUCGGAAUUUAAUUCGAAAAGAUGAUGUAUUAGAAAUUUACACAAAACAGAAAGAAAUUAAUUUAUAUGUUUAAUUUGAAAGAGAAAUUUACUAAAAGAAAGCAAUGAAGAAAAUUUUCCUAACAUUAUUUACGUGUUCAUUGAUAAUGGAGCCAGGAAUUACAAGGAUAGUAAAAAGAAGUUAUUCAGAUCAAAGUGUUAAAGGAUAUUUAACUGAGAGAACUUGUUGGUGGAAUGAAGUAUGCAAAGAAGAAUUUCAAAAUAUGUUCAAAUGUAAAUGUCCACAAUGGUAUUUUUGCAGAUCACCGGGACGGUACUACAACGCUUAUUGUUCAAUGACUAAUACUGGAUACAUUUGGACUCAACCUCCUGCAUGGGAUUGGAAUUCCUGAGAAGAGGCAUCGUAUAGUGUUCAUUUUACAUAAAUUAAAUAUAUAAUUUUAAAUUACUAACAAAAAAUUACAUGAAUAAAGUAUUCCUCUAACUUUUUGUUCCAAUACUGUGAGUCAUUAUAUUAAUAUUUAUGCAAAAUUAUGUAAUACAAAAACAAACCUAAAUAAUAUGAGUUUUACAUAAUAUGAAAAUUUAAAGGCACAUCAAAAUGAAAAAAUUAUUAAAAUUUAAAUUACGAAUUAUUGAAAAUUAUAAAACAAACCAAAACAAAAUACUAUUUAUACUAUAUAAGCGUACAUACUUUUAAACGUUCAAAUUAUUAGUGCAUAUUGCAUUUUUAUUAUAUAUAUUAAUUAAUUUUUACAUACUCUUAUUAAAAAAGAUAUUUAUAUAAAUAAUGUAUGUAUUUUUCAUUUGAUUAUAAU